CCGCCGGACGCGGCCCGGAGCGGCGGAGAGCGGUGGAGAAUUACUGAAAAAUGUUUACUUCCCUGGAGCUGACAUUGGCUCUGCGAUGGACGGGUGUCCUGCUGUUACCGGAUCUGCAGGAAACACAUGCUGAGCUCUCACGGAGACCCCACAGCUGAACCCUGUAAGAUAUCUCACUUUCAGAACAGGAGUCAGGACUAUGUGUUGCCUCCUUUAAUUACAGCCUGAGAAUUGGCUUUAGAUGUGGAAGAAUGCAACAAAAAGAAAUGAAAAAUCCAAGAGUCCAUCGAUGACUUACUAAAGUCUCAGUUUUCAUGAUUUAUGUGAUUUGCUUCUCCUGGAGCCAUGGAUGAGUACAGCCGCUUUGUGGACUGGGACAAAAUGGAUGUGAGUGCCCAGAGCCAGGACACAAAAGAGCUCACCUGCACAGACUUACAUGAGCUCAAGCAGCUCGCCCGGCAGGGCUAUUGGGCCAAAAACCACUCUCUGAGAGCCAAAGUGUACCACAAACUCAUCAGCAACAUCCCAUGCCGUACAGUGACCCCAGAUGCAAACGUGUACCGGGACAUCGUGGGGAAGAUCGUUGGAAAACGCAACAGCAGCUCCCUCCCCCUGCCAGAGUUCGUGGACGACAGCCUGAUCCCCACGUACUGCCUGAACGCGGAGGGCGUCGGGGCCGUCAGGAAGAUCAUCCUGUGCGUCGCCAAUCAGUUCCCGGACAUCUCGUUCUGCCCGGCGCUGCCCUCGGUGACCGCGCUGCUCCUGCACUACAGCAAGGACGAGGCCGAGUGCUUCGAGCAGGUCUGUCGCAUCCUGGCCUGCAAUGACCCAUCCAAGCGGCUCAUCGACCAGACCUUCCUGGCCUUUGAGUCCUCCUGCAUGACCUUCGGGGACCUGGUGAACAAGUACUGCCAGGCAGCCCACAAGCUGAUGGUGGCAGUGUCCGAGGACGUGCUGGAGGUGUACUCAGACUGGCAGCGGUGGCUCUUCGGAGAGCUCCCCAUGGUGUACGUUGCGCGCAUCUUUGACGUCUUCCUGGUGGAGGGGUACAAAGUUCUCUAUCGUGUUGCGCUGGCUCUUCUGAAAUUCUUUCACAAAGUCAGAGCUGGGCAGCCCAUGGAGUCUGACAGCAUCCAGCAGGACAUCCGAGCCUUUGUGAGGGAUAUCGCCAAGUCGGUGUCCCCGGAGAGGCUGCUGGAAAAAGCCUUUGCUAUCCGCCUGUUCUCUCGGAAGGAGAUCCAGCUCCUGCAGAUGGCCAAUGAGAAGGCUUUGCAGCAGAAGGGCAUCACGGUCAAACAGAAAAGUCUUGCAACUCCCAAAAGGCAGAAUGUGCACUUGGCAGUUCAUGCUGAGAACUUCAAAUCAGAAAUUGUCAGUGUGAAGGAGAUGCGGGAUAUCUGGUCCUGGAUCCCAGAGCGGUUUGCACUCUGCCAGCCCCUCCUGCUUUUCACCACCUUAGAACAUGGCUGUAGUCUGAGCAGGUUCUAUUCCCACAGCGAGGGACACGAACCAACUCUGCUCCUCAUCAAGACAACAGCGAAAGAGGUCUGUGGGGCUUACCUGUCCACUGACUGGAGUGAGCGCCGGCGAGGAGGGAACAAGCUGAGUUUCUUUGGAACAGGGGAGUGCUUUGUGUUUAGGCUGCAGCCAGAAGUGGAACGCUACGAGUGGGUGAUCAUAAAACACCCAGAACUAGCCUCUGGAUCAGAGACAGAAAACCAUGCCCAGCCAGCUUCUGCCACCCUUUCCUCCAGCAGCAUUCCCUCAGAUCCUUCAGAUCGCCUUUCUCCCUUCUUAGCAGCCAGGCACUUCAACUUGCCUUCCAAAACAGCCUCCAUGUUCAUGGCUGGCAGCAGUGAGUGCAUCAUUGUAGGAGGUGGUGAUGGCCAGGCUCUGUACCUUGAUGCAGAUCUGAACCACGGGAGAACCAGCCACUGCAACACUUUCAAUAACCAGCCACUGUGUUCUGAAAGCUUCCAGAUCUCCAUCCUGGAAGUGUGGGGCUUCAGGGACACCAUGAAUGGUUGAUGUGACUAUCAUUGAUCAGCUAGUUUUUCAGUUGUCCAAGGUACAUUCCGAUACAGGAGCUAAGUUAGAACAUCCUUUCUGCUGGGCUCAGUGCUGUGAGUCAUUCCUAAGUGGUGCACUUGGAUGCAGGCCUAAUUGUUUACUCUUACUUUAUUUAAGACAGAUCAAGGUGAAGUAAUGUAUCUGGUUAAGUGUUUGUCCCUUUACCUCUAGAGAUCUGUAUUCAGGGACUGUUGGUAAAAAUGAAAAUGUGAUGAAUUCAGAGCCAUGCUAGAUGGAUACAGGCCCUAAUCAUGGGAUAGGUUUGAGUCCACAGUUCCUCAGAGGCACAGCCCUGGCUGAGCUGUGCUGCAGAGCUCUGAGCCACUGGCACCAGUAGCUGGCCUGAGCCAGGAAUAUCAAAUGUCUCCUCACAGGGAGCACUGGUGACCUCAGAUCUGACAUAGAAGAGUAGUUCAUAAAAGUGCUGCCCUCCUAUGAGCAGAUGUUGUAUAGACAAAUCAGUACCAUUAAGUUAUGAAGCUUUUCAUUCACACCAGAACCGUGAUUGCUGAUCUUCUUGUACCAAAACCUUUGACAUGUUCCAGUUGCAUAUGUUAGAGCAGUCUGCCUCUGAGAAAGGCAUCCAGGCUGGACAGUGAUAUGUCCAAGUCUUGAUUUUGUUUACAUUCCUAUUCCAUAUCAGUAUGAUGACUUCUGAGUGACUCCCUGUGUCAGGCAGCUGAAAGCCAGAGAGUAUCUGCAGUGCUCAGAAGUGUUCAUUUCCUCAUCUUUCCUGGGAACUGAAAUGGAGCUUUAAAUCUGAAAAUGACUGUGCUGAUAUCUCUGUGUGUUUGGGGAAUUAGACCUGGUGAUAGUGGGAACUUAAUCCUGUCCCCCCAAGUAAAGAAAGGAAGGCAGGAGGCAAAUCUGGGAGUGAAUGGAUUCCUCAGGAGAACUAGAGGCAACACUGUUUCUCCAGAUGUCUUCCCAGUGAUGAGAUCCCUCCUGAGAAGCUAACAGUUUUCUUCCUGUAUGUUCUGGUAGGGUUUGGGCGAUGAAAAGAGGCUUUGCUCAUUCUUGAGCAUUCCUGCAUUCUCUGCAGGCAUGCCCUGUGUCUGGAGACAGUUCCCCGGAGUCUUUAUCCAAAAAUUGCACUAUCUGUUGUGGAAAUUCUCCCACAUGAAGCACAAAUACAUAAACAUCAGUGAGUAGUCCACAGUAUACAACAGGAUGCUCAGAGCUUCAGUGAGUAACUCACUAGUAAGAUUUAUCACAACAGGGAAAAUGAAGGGAAAGAGAAAUUGCUGAUUUUCUAAACAGUUCAAUCUAAAAAAUUGCUGUAGAGUGAGAUUUUUACUUAAUGUUAUUGCUACUUAAGCUUGAAGUUCAUUAAAAGAAAAAAAUUUAAUAAUGUUAAAAGCUAGGUUGGACAAGGUCACAUUCAUAUUCAGAGGUCUGAGGUGAGCUUUUGGUCAUGCUGGCUUGUCCAGCUUGCCAGCCAUGACAGCACCUCAUGGCUUGGGAAAGAGUUGCCUCUUGCAGAGUAUGUGAAUAAACUUGGCAAAAAUAAGAUUUGCUUUUUAAGGUGCCAUUUUGAAGUUUUGUCAAAGUAACUCUUUGAAAAAUUAGCCUAUGUGCAGAACAGUUUAAGAUGUCUUUUGCACCAUUUGUAUUUGCAAUUGGAUUCUCUCACCCUGUCUGAGGGUCAGCAUUGGGCCUCCCUUUCUCCUUCCCACACAGUGAGUUCUGCCCAGUUGUCUUUCCCCAGGUUUACCAUAGGCUUGAUUGAACUGCAAGAGGUAAUUCAGUUAUACUGAUAUGUUUUGAUGUGGAAGAACUCAGUCGUAUCUGGCUUUUUGCAAACACUGGCUGAUGCUGCCUUCUAUUUUUCCAAGCCACCCAUGUCCCUUUGCCCUUGCAGGUAUCCCACAAGCUUCCUCAGACAAAAGAAAUCACUCAGAAAGCAUAGAUUCUACUUAGUGUAGGUGGGAUUUCAGUUUGGUUUGCAUCUCCUGUUUUGUGCUUGUCUGAGGAGGUGCCCUUGGGAACAAAAAGCAACUCAAAAACACAAUAGUAAUAAUUUCCAGCUUGUUGUCAGAAAUUCCCUGGAGCUGUGUGUUGGUAGGAUUUGUGGGAGUAUAAUGUUCUACUCCAAAUAAUUUUAUCUGCAAAAACUUGGCUGCAUCUGGCAGUGUGAUGGGAUUUCCUCGCUCCCAUCCCUGCUGGGUGCAACUAUGUCAAAACCUUAUCUUAAGCCAUACCUAAGAAACAUUCC